AUGGAAGAUGAAGAUGAAGUCAUCAAGAAGAAGAGGCGUGUCAUGAAGGUUAAGAAAAAAGUGGAAUCCGAUGACGAAGAGGAGCAGAACGAUGAAAUCGAUAUGGAAUUUGACGUUGUCAUCUGCAAUGAGCUACCGAACACUGAACUUUAUCGGAUUCACUUCCCGGUAAGGAAAAAGGACGCUUUUGACCAGGAAAGGCAGCCACGUGUUCGAUAUAAGAGGAACGUUCGGAUGAUGGAAAUGCGUUUGUCGGCGGAUACUUCAAGUGGUUCCUUCGACAAAACCAAGGCUGAACGCUUUGCCGCAAUGACCUCUUCAAACGUGAAACAGGAGAACUUUCCAUCAUCAAACUUUGAUGAAAUUUAUGAGGGACGAGCAUUCCGAAAAGAUGACUUUGUCGAAUAUGCUGUGGGAUACUUUCAGGGUGAUACGUUUUACUUGAGUCCGCUUUCCGGGACGUUCGAAAUGCAUCGUUCACUUUCACAUCUCAAUAAUGUGAGCAAAGGGCGUGACGAUGAAGGUGACGAUGGUGAGUCAGAUGGCGAAAAUCCAAGCGGCAGCGCGCAACAGAUACGAGUUAAAUUUUCGCGGCCAGAGACUGAAAAACAGAAGAAACGCCGCGAAGCUAGUGCUUUACAUAGGGAAAAAUUGAUUGCAAGCGAUUCGUGGAUUCCGAUGGAAGUUCAUCUAAAAGAGGAUCCUUUGGUAAUGGAAAAGUUUUCUCAGCUAAGCAUCACUCCAGAAGAAGAACCGGAAUCUUUUACCGGAAUGAAUACUCGAGAUCUCGUAGAACAUGGCAUUGUUUGUGGAGAAAAAGAACAAGUAUACCCUCGAUAUUUUAGCGAUCUCACUCGUAGCGAUUUACUGGUCUCUCAACAACGCAUUCGAGAAAUGCCCACUCAUCAGCAAUUCACUUCUCAAGUCAAUGAAACUCUACUUUCAGCUCGGGUGAUAACAACUGACGAUGUGGUAAAACGAGUCGAUCCAUCACUGACUCGUGAGGAAAUUAUCGAGGAUUUGAAGCAAUGUGCGCGACUUGUUCAGGGCAAUUAG